AUGUCAACCUUCGAUGGUAUCGUAGAAGUUGAUUAUUUUCGAAAGAACCCCAAUCGACCAGCUCCCCUGGCAUGUUUCCUUAGCCAUGUUCAUAGCGACCAUCUUCAGGGCCUGGAAUCGUUGAGAGCACCUUUCAUAUACUGCUCUGCUGCUACGCGAGAGAUCCUUCUCCGCCUUGAGAAGUAUCCCCAUCGCAUAAACUUUAGCAAGGGGAUAUUGGAGUCAAGGAAGCAGCACUACAAACACCUAUCUAAACUGUUGGUUCCAACAGAGAUCGAGUUGAGCCCAAGAAACAAUAUUCGUGUCACCCUCUUCGAUGCUAACCAUUGUCCCGGUGCUGUUAUGUUUCUCAUAGAGGGGAAUGGAAAAGCAAUUCUGUAUACCGGCGACAUUCGGGCGGAAUCUUGGUGGGUUGAUAACCUCAUCAGAAACCCAGUCCUCAUUCCAUAUACCCUUGGAAGCAAGCUGCUUGAUAAGAUAUAUCUUGACACAACAUUCGCUACGAAAUCUGAUGCGUACCAAACUUUUGCUUCAAAAGCGGAAGGAAUCAGAGAACUUUUAGAGAAAGUACAAACAUAUCCAGACAAUACUCUGUUCUAUCUACGCGUAUGGACAUUUGGCUACGAAGAUGUCUGGCUAGCGUUGUCAGCUGCCCUUAAUACCCGGAUCCACGUUGACCGAUAUCAAAUGGGAGUGUAUCAAUCCCUAGCGACGCGUGUUGCGAGCGGUUUUGGUAUUGAUGAAGCGCCAUUCCUUUGUGGAUUCAGGCUUGGUAAUUCGCAAAUUCCUGGUUGUUUAACCCUCGAUCACGGAACUAGAAUCCAUAGUUGCGAGCCUGGUAUGAUCUGCUCCACCAUUUCUAGAGGCCCCUUCGUAUACAUUACACCCGUUGUAUCACGUUUGAAUGACGGUUCCGAGGUUCCUGAAUUGGGAGCUGGAGGCGGAAAGGGUGACCUUUACCAAAGCCAUGAGUUGGAGCUACAGGAUGAUUUUACCUUCCAGCAACUUUUGAACGCAUGUUCUGAGCGUAUUCAGGACGAGGAAAUCCGUACGUCGAUAAUAGCGGCUUUGUCAGAAGCGCAUAAGUCGAAAUCAAAAUCGUUGUCACUCGACGCUUACGGGAUAAAGGAGGAUCAAGAGAUCUCAGUCCAGCAACUCGUGAGUAUUCUAAGUCGAGGGACAACAGGGAACCUAUCAGACCCCAAUACCGUCGAAAUACCCCCAAAUGAAGAGGGAGAACCGGGUCAUAAUUUCCCAAACACAAUACGUUUUCCCUAUUCCCGUCACUCUUCCUAUGCCGAACUCUGCAAUUUAAUCAGAGCCUUCAAACCACAGGACAUCUUCCCCUGUACAAUAGACCCUGUGACGUGGAACGAAGAGGUAUCCAUAAGCACGCUAUUUGGCCAUCUAUGCUCUAGUUCAAAUUUCGCCCACGAUGAGUUCAUGAGAACGAUGAGUGCCCAGCGAUCUAGCAGCCGGCCACUGAAACGGAAGCAGUUGGAAAGUGAUUCUUCAUCGACAAAAAAUUCAACACAGCAGACAGAUCUAUCUAUCUCUUUCAUCCAAAAUAACGAGCUGCCUUCAGUUAUCCCACCAAUCAGCAACAGGGAACAUGAUUCUGACUCGGGUCGCGGACCUGGAUUGCAACUUCAACAGGCUGGUAAUUGUCCUGGAGCGACCUCUCUGCCCUCUCAGCAGACGUCGAAAAAUACAAACCUAGAAUCAUAUAAUAUGGACUCACAAUCGUCAUCCCUGAACUCCCAAAUAGUCGCCAUAAAACACAUUUUGAAAGAAAAACACCGAAAUCACGAACUGGAAUUCCACUUCCCGUCUUCAUUUCCAGACUACAGUAACGAAAAUGCUGCCAAUGGCGAUCCUCCCCCGCGAAUCUCACAAGCCCAACCGCAGCCUCAAAAUAUCAGCAUAUCCAUUUCCCUCCCAGUUCCACAGCAACAGACCACCCAAGACGAUAAUUGCCACCAACCACCCACCGGCACCAAUAUCCUUAAUGACGACAAUGACAGUCCCGCCGACAAUCUCCUCGACGAUGAGAGCACCUGCUCGCUGUCUCCUUCCGCUUUUGACUCCGAACAAUCCAUGACAGACACAGAUAUGACGAGCGCGAGAAGGAAGCGCCGUAUGGCCGCAUACCAUGCAGCUCGUAAGGGCACGUACGAGGCAUGGUCUACUCUCCACUCACCUGUCAGUGCAGGCAAUAACCAUACCGAGGAUGAGGUUGAGCUAUAA